AUUGAGCCUCCGCUACGAUGGUGAACUUGAACGUCGCCGCGUCCCUCGUUCUGGCUGCGCUGACGGCGCCUUAUGCUACCGCCGCCCCCGCGGAUGUAUGGGCCCCGCCCAUCACGUACCCAACCGACAGCACGAUCUGGCAGGUGGGAUGGUCUAACUGGGUUGCUUGGGACACGUCAAACCCGCCCGCGCACAUCACCAACCCAAACGGGACUAUCUACCUGGUGUGGGACGGUGAGAUACUCUUCGAGGACCCCGGACCCCUGGCGAGCGGCUUCUCCCUCAUGGAUGGGUACGUCUACUUCGACGUUCCGAACGUCACCGCUAGCAAUGAGUGGCGCGUCGUGUUGAUUGGAGACUCUGGGGACGUCAGUCCCCCGUUCGCGCUCAUUCAGUGAUGAGAUGGAGAAUGGAGAAGAGAUGCAAUUACCUCAGGCUUACACCGAUUGACUGCUCGAUGUGUGUAUCAUUUGCAAGUAAAGUUACACAGCUUGACUGGACGAGGUCGAAGUGCUGGUGUCGAUCGCGUCCGAGUCGCGUUGUGAACACGUGCCGGUCAG